AUGAUCGGUGACGGCGCCGAAACCGAACGAUGCCCAGUAAAAGAUCCCGUGGAUUUGUUUCAUUCCCGGCAGAUUGUGAAGAUAUGCGCCCCUAUGGUCCGUUAUUCAAAGUUGGCUUUCAGGACCUUGGUUAGGAAGUACCAGUGCGAUCUGUGUUACACCCCGAUGAUCGUGGCAGCCGACUUUGUGAGGUCUGCAAAAGCCAGAGACAGCGAAUUCACAACAAAUAACGGAGAUCAUCCACUGAUUGUUCAGUUUGCUGCUAAAGAAGCACAAGUUUUAUGCGAUGCUGCCCAAAUUGUCUGUCCUUUUGCAGACGGGGUAGACUUGAACUGCGGCUGUCCUCAGAGAUGGGCAAUGGCAGAAGGUUAUGGUGCUUCAUUAAUAAACAAACCAGAGCUAGUUCAAGAUAUGGUGAGACAUGUAAGAAAUCAGAUUGACAAGCCUACGUUUUCAAUAUCUAUUAAAAUAAGGAUCCAUGAGGAUUUGAAAAGAACAGUUGAUCUGUGUCGUAAAGCUGAAGCAAGUGGAGUUUCAUGGAUUACAGUACAUGGGAGAAAUGUAGAAGAAAGACAUCAGCCCGUACAUUAUGAUGCAAUUAAAAUUAUUAAACAAAGUAUGUCCAUACCUGUUGUGGCUAAUGGAGACAUUAAAACUUUAAAAGAUGCUGAAAAUGUUCAUCACUUGACAGGAGCAGAUGGUGUAAUGGUGGCUAGAGGACUCUUAGCAAAUCCAGCUAUGUUUGCUGGAUUUGAAGAGACACCUUUGAAAUGCAUCCAGGACUGGGUCAGCAUUGCUCUUGAGCAUGGAACUCCUUUUACAUGUUUUCACCAUCACUUAAUGUACAUGAUGGAACGGAUAACUUCAAAACAAGAGAAGAAAGUUUUUAAUGUUUUAUCAAGUACCUCAUCAGUUUUAGAUUAUCUGAAUGAUCAUUAUGGUGUGUGAUAACUUAAACUCUGUAUUUAUGUGUUGUAUGAAGAUUUAUAUUUUGAAAUUGCUGAUAUGUUCCUGUAGUUUUACUUGGUCUCCUAUUUAUUAGUCAACUUGAUACAUUGUGUAAAUAUUUUCAAUACAGUAUAGCAUUAU